UUUCAAAUUCAAUCAAUUUUUUAAUGAUUUUUUUUGUCGAAAAAAUUGUUUUGAUUUGAAUUAAAUUAAAUUGAUAAGUUAAUAAAUAUCGCCGCAAUCAUCGCUACAAAAUUUGAACUGACCAAUCAUCAUCAUCAUCAUCAUCAUCACCAUCAUCUUUCAUCAUCGUCAUCAUCAAAUUUAUCAUCAAAAACGAUAUCAUCAUUAAUUAUGUCAACAAACGCCGUCGUUGGCGGACAUUAUGGUAGUCCGCUUGAUGGCAGUCAACCAUCACAACCACCACCUGGUUUAGUGGUGUCUGGUCCACCGGUUGUUGAUCAUACGACCGGCACGGCCGGUACGAUAACAUCACGCCAUGAUAUUAAUGAAAUAUUACAACAAAUAAUGAAUAUCACUGAUCAAUCAUUAGAUGAAGCACAAGCAAGGAAACAUACGUUAUAUUGUCAUCGUAUGAGACACGCGCUCUUCAGCGUCCUCUGUGAGAUUAAAGAGAAGACUGUUCUAAGUCUACGAAAUACACAGGAAGAAGAGCCACCAGAUCCACAAUUAAUGCGUCUAGAUAAUAUGUUAAUUGCCGAAGGUGUUGCAGGACCAGAAAGAGGUGGUGGCCAAUCAGCGGCAGCAAAUGCAUCGGCAGCUGCAGCCUCUGGACAUUCGACCGGUGAAAGCGCCAUUGAACAUUCUGAUUAUCGAGCUAAAUUAGGCCAAAUUCGUACUAUUUAUCAUCAAGAAUUAGAAAAAUACGAACAGGCUUGCCAGGAAUUUACAACGCACGUCAUGAAUCUAUUACGUGAACAAUCACGAACACGGCCCAUAACGCCCAAAGAAAUUGAAAGAAUGGUGCAAAUAAUACAUAAAAAAUUCAAUUCUAUACAAGUCCAAUUGAAACAGAGCACCUGUGAAGCGGUCAUGAUAUUAAGGUCUCGUUUCCUGGAUGCAAGGAGAAAACGAAGAAAUUUUUCUAAACAAGCAACAGAAAUUCUAAAUGAAUAUUUCUAUUCACAUCUAUCAAAUCCGUAUCCCAGCGAAGAAGCCAAAGAAGAAUUGGCCCGAAAGUGUUCCAUAACAGUAUCACAGGUAUCCAAUUGGUUUGGUAAUAAACGAAUUCGUUAUAAAAAGAAUAUCGGUAAAGCGCAAGAAGAAGCAAAUCUGUAUGCUGCCAAAAAAGCAGCUGCUGCCGGCAAUUCUCCUUAUGGCCUAACGCCUUCAUCACAAAACUCCUCCAUUAUGAGUCCACCACCACCGCCUAGUUCAUCACAAGACGGUUGGUCACUAAAUGGUGACUAUAGUUCGGCUCAGGUUGCAAUGGGAUACAGUCCGCAUGGUGUAAAUAGUCCGUGAUACAUCUCUCUCUCUCUCUUUUCCUCAUCAUCAUCGUCAUCUUUAUUAUUAUUAUCGCCAUUAUUUUAUCAUUAAAUGACACCUCAUUUUCAUCAUCAUCAUCAUCAUCAUCACUAUUUGAUAUAUGUUGAUCGAUUACGUUUGUUUUUGUUUGUCAAUCAACAACAACAACAACAACAACAUCAAAACACACACACACUCAAUGAACAG